AUGAAUUCCGCUCAAAUUUCGACGCAGUUAGAUGCUCAGGACGUAGAGCACAAGCUCUUGCAAGUACUCGCUACUACCUCGAAACAUCCAUCUCCUGCCCUAAUGAGGAACAGAAUACGCUAUCUAUAUUUACGCAGUUACACAGCAAUAUUACAAGAAAAAUAUCGACAAAUUAAAAACUACAAGAAUAUAAUUCAUCCAUUUAGUAAUUUUAGGAAUUACGAUUAUCUUGUUCUUAACACCAUAUCAAGCGGCAUUUGGUAUCACUCAAGAUACUCUGACUCCAACACAUAUUCAUACUACGACAAUCGUCAAUCUAUCAUCGAGAUGGAACGGAAAAAAAUUAUAAAACGAUACAUGAAACAUGGUAGAUUCUUUGCCGAUCUUUUUGGCUCUUUUCCAACCGACGUGAUAUUUCUGAAUAUGUGGAAUGAAUACAAAGUAACUCGAAAAAUUGUUUCUUUACUUUGUGUCUUUCGAUCUUUUUCUCUUAAGACUUAUAUCAAUAGAUUAGCACAUACUAAAUUAAUAAUAGUCUCUUAUUACCGAAACUUUAUUAUAUUCUUUUGGUUGAUCAUUUUCAUUCAUUGGCUAACCUGCAUCUUUUGGCUGGUACCCAUAGCAACCACUUCAAUGAAACAACCAAUUUAUCCUAGAGAAGACUCUUGGAUACAUUACACCGAUCUUUGGUAUAAGUCCAAAGAGAAACAAUAUUUCUAUUCAUUACUGCUGACGAUAGGAAAUUGUUUGAGAUCCGGAUUCCUUAAAAAUGAUCAGCGAAAUGUGCCUGAUCUCUACGUAGUAAUAAUCGCUCAAAUAACGGGUGCACUAGGUAUGUGGUUCAUUAUAGCAAAAUUGAUGGAAUAUAUGCAAGGAGCGCAAUCUUCAAAAUAUAGAUAUCAAAGUGCCAUUCGUCAAUUGAAACAAUACAUGAGACACAAACAACUUCCACCUCGAAUUCAGUAUCGAAUAAUUAAUUAUUAUGAAUUUCGUUUUCAACAUCGUUACUUUCGUAAAUUUGAAAUAGUCAGUACGUUGUCAUUGCAACUACGUCAGGAAAUUAUUAUGCAUUCUUGUCGAAAACUCGUAGAAAACGUUACUUUUUUUAAUAAUCUUCCAUUUGGUAUUUUAAAUCGUAUAGUAAGUCUAUUGAAAUCCGAAAUUUUCUUAACGAACGAUAUGAUCGUACGAGCGAAUGAACCAGGUAAUUGCAUGUAUUUUAUUGGCAGUGGUACCGUAGCAGUUUAUACAAUGUUUGGUAAAGAAAUUUGCCAUCUUGAGGAUGGCGCUUAUUUCGGUGAGAUUGCUCUCAUAAUGGAAGACGAACGUAGAGUCGCCAGCGUAGUUGCUGUUGAGAUUUGCGAACUUUAUCGACUCGACCGUGCCGACUUCGCUCGUACAAUUCUUCCUUACCCUAUAUUGUGGGAUAAUAUUAAGAAAACUGCUGUGGAGAGACAUGAGAGAACUAUGAUUCUUAUAAAUCAGUAAUUUGUGUGUAACUUACAAUAUUUAUUGUGUUCUUAUAAUUAAUAUUUCAUACUUUAAGUUAACAUAUAUACAUAAUUCCAAUAAUGUAUCAUG